AUGCCUCCUCGCCGCAAACCUGGUGACGACCGCGAUGAUACCUGCCCCCCAUGCUUCAAUUGUAAUCUCCCCCAAUUCGAAUGCACUCAAUUCUCCGUCUGCAACUCUUUCACCGGGUACUGUGACUGCCGCGCGGGUUUCGGCGGCCCUGACUGCUCCGAGCCCGUUUGCGGUGCCCUCUCCGACGACAGCAACAAGAGACCUUUGCGGGAGAAGGCCUCCUGCGACUGCAAGAGCGGCUGGGGCGGAAUCAACUGCAAUGUCUGCCAAGUCGACUCCGUCUGCAACGCCUUCAUGCCCGACGGCGUUGCGGGCUCCUGCUACAAAGAAGGAGUCAUCGUGAAUAACUCGCAACAGAUGUGUGAAGUCACCAACAAGAAGAUUAUCGCGAUCCUCAACGGAAAGAAGCCCCAGGUAACGUUCUCGUGCAACAAAACUGCUGAAACGUGCAACUUCCAGUUCUGGGUGGCGGAAAGAGAGAGCUUCUACUGCGACCUUUCCUCCUGCGACUUCAGCUAUGACUUACGAAAGAACUCGAGUCUCUCCACCUGCAAGACGGCAGCCUGUAAAUGUUUGCCGGGGCGCAUGUUGUGCGGCGAGGACGGCUCCAUCGACAUUUCCGACUUUCUCACCGAGACCAUCGCGGGGCCUGCGGACUUUUCGUGCGAUAUUUCGGACAAGAACUGCCGCUUUUCCGAGCCGAGUAUGAACGAUUUGAUUACAAAUGUCUUUGGCGACCCGUACAUCACGUUGCACUGCGACUCCGGUGAGUGUCUCCACUACAGCCAGUUGCCUGGAUACAAGCUCCCGGAAAAGUCAAAGCUAGACACCCGGGCGAAGGUGGUGAUCCUUGGGGUCACGUUUGCCGUCUUGUCUGUGAUUGUGAUGUCAGUCCAGCAGAUCCGCAAGUCGCCGCUUUUUGCGGUGGUUGAGAGCAGCUCCAGCUCGUACGCGGAUGAAUCCAACACGUUGCUUGAGGGCCACAUUCCUGCAACGCUUACGUUCGAGGAUGUUGGCUAUGCGAUCAAGGGCCGGCAGAUCUUGAAGCUGGCGUUUGGGGUCGCCAAGCCGCGCGAGUGUUUAGCCAUCAUGGGAGGCUCAGGGGCCGGGAAGACCACGUUGAUCGACAUUCUCGCGGCAAAAAACAAGAGUGGACGGGUUGGGGGAACUAUCAAGGUGAACGGCCAGACCGUAGACCCCAAGAGCUACAAGAAGUUGAUCGGGUUCGUGGAUCAAGAGGACUACUUGAUUCCGACAUUGACCGUGUACGAGACAGUGUUGAACUCGGCGCUCUUGCGCUUGCCACGUGUCAUGAGCCUCUACGCGAAGAACGCGCGUGUGCUCGAGAUCUUGACCGAGUUACGUAUCUUGCACAUUAGGGAUCGACUUAUAGGCGACGAUUCCCAACGAGGGAUCUCUGGGGGUGAGAAGCGCCGGGUGGCGAUUGCCUGUGAGUUGGUCACCUCGCCAUCGAUUCUCUUCCUCGACGAACCAACCUCAGGGUUGGAUUCGUACAACGCGAAAAAGGUGGUGGAGUCGCUUGUAAGGCUCUCCCGCGACUACGACCGCACAAUCAUUUUCACGAUCCACCAACCACGCAGCAAUAUCGUUGCCAUGUUUGACAAGUUGCUCUUACUCGCCGAGGGGAAAAUUGUCUACUCCGGCGAAAUGAGCUUGGCCCCGCGGUUCUUUGCCGGCUACGGCUUCAAGUGCCCAUUAGGUUACAACAUUGCAGACUACUUGAUAGACGUAACGACUACUCAAUCGCAGAAACAGACAUUACUGGUGAGUGGGAUUGACGAGGAGAAUAUCAAUUACGAAGACAUCCAUGACGUGAGAGAUUCCAUCCUUGGCGUACGAGAUUCCGUCUCGGGCGAUACCACCCGGGAAUGGCAGCACUACGCAAGCCACCGUGACGACUUUGGCCUGGAGUUACACCAAGACGUCACGCCUGCUGUGGCGGCGGCCGCCGGGAUCCCCCCGGCCGAGUACUACGACAUUAACACGAUUUACGUGGAGUCGCCGUUUGCAGCUGAGGUUAAGCUGGAGAUCGCCCUGAUUGCUGCAAACCCCGUUCCGUUGCAGUUUCGGCUCGAGAGCCAGCAUGCAUCCUUCGUGCAGCAGCUAGCGAUUCUCUGCUCACGCACGUUCAAGAACCUCUACCGCAACCCAAAGCUCUUGCUUGCCCAUUACGUCCUCGCCAUAACGAUGGGUGUAUUCAUCGGCACGUUGUACUACGACGUGUCAAUGGACAUUUCCGGCUUCCAGAACCGCCUCGGAAUGUUCUUCUUCAUUUUGGCGCUCUUCGGUUUCUCUACGCUCACCGGGCUCCACUCCUUCUCGGUUGAGCGUGCCGUGUUCAUCCGCGAACGCUCCAAUAACUACUACCACCCUCUGGCCUACUACAUCGCCAAGAUCAUCUGUGACGUGUUGCCGUUAAGGAUCAUCCCGCCAAUGCUUUUGUUAAUCAUCGCGUAUCCGUUGGCCGGUUUGAACAUGGAGGCGAACGCGUUGCCCAAGGCAUUAUUGAUCAUUGUGAUGUUCAACUUGAGCUGCGCCAUGGAGAUCCUCAUCAUCGGGAUUCUUGUCAAGGACCCAGGGAGCUCCACCAUGGUCGGGGUGUUGACGCUUUUGUUCUCCUUGUUAUUUGCCGGUCUUUUCGUAAACAAGAGCUCUAUCCCGGUCUGGAUCUACUGGUUGCAGUGGGGGUCUGUUUUCCACUUUGGCUACGAAGCUUUAACGGUUAAUGAGGUGGCGGGACUUGUGUUGCGAGAGAAAAAGUACGGCUUGUCGAUUGAAGUUCCUGGUGCCACGAUUUUAAGCACCUUUGGGUUCAGUGUUGGUCACGUUAACCAGGAUAUUGCUUGGUUAGGUGGUUGGGCAUUGGUGUUUAUUUUUGUGGGGUAUUUCGCGCUCCAUGUAUAUGUGAUUGAGCGGAGAUAA